AUGGCGAGUAAAAACAACAAUGGUUAUAUAACAGGAGAUGUGAUAAUUGAGAUUCUCUCGAGGCUGUCCGGGAAAUCACUUAUGCGAUUGAAGUGUGUUUGCAAAUAUUGGUCCACUCUGAUUAGAAACUCAAGUUUCAUUUCCAGGCACUUCCACCAUCAUAGCAACACUGGUCAGCUCUUUGUUCAACAUUACGAUCAAAGCACCGAAAAAUAUACUUUUGCCUUGUUCCCGAAUGGAACGCUUGCCAACUCAAGGGACGAUUAUUACAAUCUUGGUGACCUUCAAAUGCCCACCGACCCAGGUUUCCUUGGUAUCUUAAAUGGCAUAAUUGGUCUUUGCGUUUGGAAUCACAUAGUUCUGUGGAACCCUGCUAUUAGAGAAAUUAGGUUCGUUCCUAUACCAGAACCCGACAUUCCAUUUUUCACUGACCUCCAAAGAAGUUUUUCAGGAUUUGGAUUGGAUCCCACCACCAACAACUACAAGGUUGUGCGGGUUUGGGCAUAUGGGGAGCAUAACGAUGAGCUUGACCUUAAUUGGCUUGUUGCAGUAUAUAACCUAUAUGCUGAUUCUUGGAGAACUUUUGAGGUUGAUUUGCCCAUAACUAGCGAGGAGCGUUAUGGUUUAUCCAACACAUGUAUGGAUGGAUUUUAUCAUUGGAUGACCUAUUUCAGUGACCGUAUAACGAUCUUUACGUUUGACAUGGAUAAAGAGGUUUUUGGAGAUAUAGCAGGGCCUCCAAUUACCAUUUAUUAUUGUGGAGAUAUAUUCUUGCACAAUAAUUCUGUCAGUUUGAUUCAUUUGGAGCAUUGGGAUGCUGGUGAGAAAUUCUUUGACAUAUGGGUGAUGAAAGAGAAGGGAUUUUGGUCCAAAGAAUUAACGAUUGGACCUCUUCUUGAUGUUUGGGAUAGACCCCUCGGUUUAUGGAAAAAUGGAGAGGUGAUCUUCCUACAAAAUAAAACCUCGGAUUUGGUUUUAUACAAUUAUAAUACCCAAGAAAUUAAGGUUUUCGAUCAAAUUCGUGGAUACUACGGUCUUAAGAGUGCUAUCUACAAGGAGAACUUAGUUUCAAUUAAGAGAGGAAACGAGCAUGAAGAAGGUAACAAUGCGUUCGAUCUCACUCGAAUUCAAGAUGUCCCAUAUUGCUGGUAAUUUUGAUUCUACCUUUUAGGAGUUGAUAGUUUUUUUUUUUUUUUUUUUUUUUUUUUUUUUAAGUUUCUCUCACUAACAACAAUAUGUAAAUGCAAGCUGAUGGAUAGUAUUUUAUCAUAUUACCAAAUCUCCAAAAUGGCCUAAAAACCCUAAUCGGAUAACCCUCCAAUUCGUGAAAGAACCAUCUUGAUUGCACAAGUUAUUAAAGGGAAUACCAAGAAUGA